ACUGGAUCUAUGACGCUGCCUGCGGAACGUGGGUUCGGGUUAGAAAGCAGCUGGGAGAAGUGCACCCAGGCACCGCUGGACCAGGAGGAGAAGCAGAGGCGUCCUUUUCCCGGCAGGAGAGCACGUCGUCUAGCUGGCAGGGCGACGCUGCGUCAGCGAAACAGGUGCACCUCACAGGUAGCGGAGCUGCUCCUUCGGAUCGCAGCGUAGUAGAGGGGUCCUCAGAACGCGGAGACGAAGCCGAGAU